AUGGAAACGUGGGACGCUGCUGCUGCUGCGGCGGUGCGUAGGAGCCAUUGCCGAAUUCCUCUAAUCAGGUACCGUCUGCCUAUCAAGCCCUUGCAGUUCUUGGGGCAAUAGAGUCCCUUCGGAGUUUCAAGACCAGGAAACGAGAGUUUUCAAGUGAGACUCAUCUCUGAGUAAUCAUAAUGCAUUAGAACGGCCUGCAAAUGUGGCGGUCCUAAUGAUUAGAAAUGACACCACAAGUUACUAGGGUAGUGCUGGGAAGUGACUAAGGCUGCAAUCCUAAACACUUUUACUAGGGAGUAAAUCUCACUGGACACAAUGCAGACUUACUUCCAAGUAAACAUGUGCUGCAAAAGCCAUAGUUGGUGCUUCAUAGCCCUAAAUUAUAUUUAAUUAGCAAAGUACCUUGAUGAUGAUCCUCCAGGCUGGGCAGUAGUGUUAUGUAGUGACCUGAUGUUUUGGCGUUUUUGUUUUGGCAGCACUAUGACCAGCAGGAAGAAAGAAUUAGCUUUGCAGGUCAGUAAGUGAGCUUAAUGUUUCAAAUGUGGCAUUUCAUUCUGUUAGAGUUUGGUAUUUCCAGCUUGUUUGGAAGAGAGGGUGGUUCGGGUGCAAUGUUGCAUUGUAUUCUGCCAGUGAAACCUUCCUACAAUGGCACAGAUUUAAAAUAGAAAGCAUAAGUUCUAAAUGGAUUUACCAGUCUCCCAGGGCAACAAGAAGCAGUAAUGCAAUUGCUUUCAUCAUUUGAUGAAUCAGAAAGGAAAUGUAAGAGCCGAUUUAAACGAAUCCCUACAGUGCAUUUUCCAAGAACUAGUCACUGACACAGGGUGUUAUAUUAAUCAGAAUGAGGUAAAAUAAGAACCAAAGACUGAAGGGUGAGCUGUAUGAUAAUUGGAGGAGUCUCAAUUUUUAAAUCUUCAAAUACAAAUUAAAAUACAAAUCAAAUAUUCUAAGAAAGACACUAAACCAGGUUUAGCCCUUCAUUUGUAAGCACAACUUCUCCGUUAACUUUAGAUUCAGGUAGGCAGCAGUUGAAGUAAAUUAAAAAAUUGUCCAGUAGCACCUUAGAGACCAACUAAGUUUGUUCUGGGUAUAAGCUUUUGUGUGCAUGCACACUCCUUCAGAUACACUUUUAACUUUAUCUUCAUUAAGACCUAGGGUAAAAAGGAUGAAUUGUCCUUUCAGAUUGGCUAUGUUGAUUUAGAUGUCUCCAAAGUCAACAACAACAAAAACUAGCAUGGGUAUCAAAACACAGUAUUAGUCCAAAUAUACAUGCAUGUGUGUUUUCCUUUUUAUCCUAGGUUUUAAUGAGGAUCAGGUUGGCCAAGGGAAUGUGCUUGCUUACAUUUGGAAGGGAUGCGAUACCAGUUCUAGGGUUUGUGAGAUGCAAUUAGGAGAGGCACCUGUUGGAAUGGGCCUCCCUCCUCCUUGCUAUUGCCCAUUCGUUUGCCUGCUUCCUCUGGGCCCAAUCUACAAAAUAUCCAGAAGGAGAUCUCAAAGUAAGUGGAAGUUGCUGCACCGUGACCUCUGUUGUCAACUGCUUGCAUGCACAGAGAGAACAGGUGGACGGGUAGGCAGAAAGGAGACGCAGCAUGAGCAGGAAGCUCUGAGUGCCAGCAAUGGGCAGUCCUGCAAGCAUCAGUAUGUGCCCAAUAAUGUCAACCUCUAAUGUUGGCCCUGAGGAGCUGCCUGAGGAAAUAAUAUCACAAGUGAUGUGAUCUGUCCAGCCUGCACAACAAAUGCUUUGUUGGAAAUGCAUGGAUUAAUAUUCUAUGUUUCAUGAAUCUUUUAUCAUAAAGUUGUUAUGAUGCAUAGUUAUUUACAAGUAGUCCCACUGGCAUCAGUGUCCUUCCUUCUCCUAUAGGCUGUGUGAGAAAGUAUCUUAGAUAAUUUGCAAACUUCCAUUUGAAUACAAAUUAUACUGGUAGUAUGCAGCUGGUUGCCAGAAAAAGAAUGAGUUUGCAUCUUGAGCACAGUUAGACAUUACCCUAUAACGAAACAUACUGGUGUAGUUUAGUCAUCUGGUGUCUGGAGACAAGCAUGUAUGAUCUCAGUGGCACUUUGGAUGUAAGAACAUGAAUAUAUGAAUAUUAAUACAUAUCCCAUCUUUCAUUCAUAAAGCAUGGUUAAAGAACCAUAUAGGAAAAGAUGGGAAUGUGUUUGCAAUUCCUUUAUUAUAAAUUGCUCCGUAUGGAAUAUAAUCUCUAUAAAUCCUGCCAUCAAGUGGCCAGAAGAAGAAAUUGAUUAUUAUUUCAAUCCUGUUAACUACUUACAUUAGAGUAGACAUAUUGAUUUCACUGGAACUGCUCCCAUGUGGCUCUAAGUCAGCUACUUAUAGGCUGACCUCAAAGUGCUUUGCCAUAAACAAAGUGCAGCCAUCUGUUAAUUAAACGUUUUGAGGUCUGAGAUGCUGGGCUAUACAACAGAAGCAAGAACAUAUUUACUCUGAAAUGAGUUGCUUGAGAAUUAUUUCCUGGGAUGCCUGCAAUCAUGCAGUGAGAUUCUAUGCAUGUUCCUUUUCAGAGGUAAGUCCCACUCAGUUCAGUGGGGCUUAUUCACAAAUGGGUUUAAACAGUGCUUUUUUCUGGGGGUACACAGGGGUAUGCAUACCCCUAAACAUUUUGUGAAUCAUUGUACUUUUGUCCAUUUACUGUAUUUAUUUCCCCUGAUUUGAACUAUAAAAUGGUGGUUUUCUUGAGUCAAAAUGAGAGUUUAAAUAGAUCUACAGCAUUCGUGUCUUACAAGCAGACUUCCAUUUACCAAAAUGUUAAUAUCCACGUUGGGCUGUGUGUUGGUAGCAUAAUGGUAUCUUAAUAUUAGAUUCAUAGAGUUGGGAAAGACUUCAGAAGUCACCUAACUGCCCUGAACUCCUGGCCUACCUGGUGGCAAGUCAGUAUGUAAAGUCGUCAGUCCAUAUGUCCAAAGUCCAAACCGAAGGCACCAUCCUUCAGAGAUCCUGAAGCAUCCAAGCUGAGGGCCAACAACAUGAGCAGACACAGCCUCCUAGCUCUGCUGCCCCUUUUAUACUUUGCAUGCUGAUUGCAGCAUCUGGGCUUCAGUCAUGUGACCCUCAGCUGUUCCAAGCCUAUUCUAGCUGAGGAAACAGAUACAUCCUUCCAGAGGUAGUGAGCCCCACAUGGCCAAGUUAGGGAGCUGAGCUGUGGGUCCUUGCCUGCCUCAGCCUCCCAGAGUGCUCCACCCACUGCUCCCUAUGCUUCUGAGCCUGCCAUGCUCCUGGAGAAAGGGGCCCCUCUGGCUCUGGGUCCAGCUGUUCUGGUUCCUAUGCACUGACCUCCCAUCCCCUCGCCAUCCUCUGUCACCCUGUGAGUACUUCCUGCACCAACCUCUCUCAUAGCUGUCAACGUUUCCCUUUUUUAAAGGGAAAUUCCCUUAUUCCGAAUAGUAUUCCUCGCAAGAAAAGGGAAAAGUUGACAGCUAUGACCUCUCCUCCGCCAUCCCCUGCUUGCCUGUGUGUCCCAGUCCUAGCCACACCCCUCGUCAGGAUCCUCUUCCUCCUCCCCAUUGUCCUGCCAGUUCCUUACACUAAUCAACCCACAGGUGAAACAGGAAAUCCCAUGUUACAGCAUCCUUGAUAAGUAGUCAUCUAGCUUCUGCUUAGAAACCUACAAUUGAGAGGUCACCACUUCCUAAAGUUUUACUGUGCUAUUGGAUUUUUUCCUAAUAUUUAGCCAAAAUCAUUUGACUUGUAAUUUGAAUGUGUUUGAGUCCUCCUUUCUACAGCAACAGAAAACAAAUGCACAAACAAAUUGCACCAUCUUAUGUGCCAUGUUUGAGCAUCGUGCUGUCUUUUAUUUUCCUCUCUAUAUACAUUUUGCCUAAAGAAAGUAUUUUCAUGAAACUGACUUGUGACUUUGACUUUCUGACACAAAAAUCUUAGUUGCCCCCUUGCUAAUUUACCAAAUCUCCUUUCAGGUAGCUCUUAAAGGCUUUAUUGCUUUAUUGAAAGCUUUCUCAGUUAUAUUUCAUUUACACACAGAUGGUUGUUAAUAAUCAGGAACUUUGGGAAGAAAUGCUGGGUUCCAAAGGUUUGAUUGGUAAGACCUUAGCUGUAAAUAUGGCAUGGCUCUCUGUUGCUGUUCAUAAAUACUAGUACUAGUAUACUGUGGCCUCUGAUCACCAACCCUCCUCCAUUCCCCCAUUAAUCCCCUAGAACUUCUCUUUUCACCUCUUACAGCUACUAAGCUUGUUUUGCACCUUCCCAACCCCAUUUCUGAAGCUUCUUCUUCUACAGUCCCACUUUGCAGCCUUCUUUUCAGCUUACCACUCAUGCGCAGGCCUCCAUUCUCUUGUGCAACCCCCUUGCACACAAUGCUCCCAUGGUAACCUUUUGUAUCUUCUUCCUCCCAUACAUUGCAAGUACUAAGCAUCCUUUUCACCUUCCACCAUCCCCUCCUGUUCUUCAGGUUCUUUCUUGCCCCUGCUUUCAUCUGCAACCCUAUUCCCAUUGCUCCUUCCUUUUUUUGCAGCCCCCAUUUUCACCUUCAGCACUUUCUCUCUCCCUCCUCCUCUUUUCCCGCCAACAACCCCCACUUCUGUUUUUCCUCCUCUCUUAUUUUGCAGUCUCCCCUUUGUCAAUAUAUCUCAUUAUUAUCCCUUUUCUCCCAUUUGCACUGUCCCUUGCAAACAGACCAUCCUCAUUUUUAUGCCUCCUCCUUCCUCCUAAUCUGCAGCCCCCUUUCCAUGCACAGCCCGUGAUGCUUUAUGUUACCAUAUCUUUAAGAUGAGCAGAAUCUAAGAGCAAACCUGUCAGUUAGCUUGACUUCAUUUGAGAAGGUUCAGUUCAAUUAAUGGACGGUUCUGUUUUAAAUCAUUACACAGAAAAUGACAUAUAAUACUAGGAUUUAGAUACAUUAUUGUGAAAGUACUAUGGAAUAUUUCAGGCCUCUGAACCUUCUCAAACACAAAGCAGCUGAAUAAAGUAAGAGGGAAACGUUUGUAUACAGCAAGAAGAGAAGAACUAUGAAAGGAAAAGUGAUUUUAAACAACAGAUGUUUGAGUAGAGCAAGCAGAGGGUGACAGUGGGAGGAAGAUUGUGACUUUAAAAAAUGCCAGAGGUUUGAGUAGAGCAAAUGGGGAGCAACACCAAGAAAAAAGUGGUGGUUUAAAACAAGUUUUCAGUACAGCAAGAAGGGAGUUUGGUAAGGUUCUGUUGUGUUAGCUUCUUGAUGUUAACUUCUGUGUAGUAUUCAUCUCUGUGAUUUCUCCCUUCUCAUACUUAAAAAACCCCAAACACUUCCCUUCUGAAUACUACUUUUUGUUUUCAGUGUCCUUUCCUUCUAGAUCCCAUGCCACAGCCUCUGUUGUUGUGCAACCCUCCUUCUUUCUUGCUGCCCUCCCCAACUCUGACUCCAUGCAAAUCCAGGAUUGUAAUAAGGCAUUACACGUAAUAAGUCAUUACAAUAAGGGCUGCAUGAUGACAGCCUUACAUUUAUUUUUAUAUUGAGAGAUAGAUAUAAAUACUGACAGUGUUUAUAGGGCAGGUUAGAAAAGGAAUGAGUGUUCCUGUUGUUGAUGUACCACCUUUCACCCAAACCUGUUUCUUCCAAAUAUUUUGGACUACAACUCCCAUCACCCCCAGCUAGCAUGACCAGGGAUUAGGGAUACACAAGUAGUGAUAGUUAACUAAUUUCAUUUGCAUGUGCUGAACUAAACUUUGUAGGUUCUGAAAUGCCAUGAUUUGCUAAGUUAGCUUAAUCUCUUUGUAGUGGUAGAUGUUUAUCAAGGCUGGUGUGGACCAUGUAAAGCAGUAGUAAACCUCUUCAGGAAAAUCAGGAAUGAAUUUGGUGAUGACCUCCUUCAUUUUGCUGUGGUAAGAGACAGCUUCAAAUUUAUAUAGUAGGGGUAGCUACCAUGAUGCAUUCCAGACAUUGCCAGACUCCCAACUCCCAUCAGCCCCCAUUAGCAUAGCCAGUGCUCAGGGAUGGUUGGAAAAUCAUAUGGAUGGAUCCGUCGAGAAUAGUUGGCAAAGAUAAAUGCCUAUGUGGCAAGCAGAUAAAACAGGCAAUUCAUCUUGCUUCAGUGAGCUAAAUAAAGCUGCAGUUCUAUACACUAAGGUAGGGAACAGUUUUUCAGUCCUGGGGCUGCAUUUCCUUGUGCCUAAUCUUCCAGGCGUAGCAGGUCCAGCAGUCAGCAGAGCAAGACCACAAUGGGGGGGGGAGCAAAGCUGGCAGUGGAUGGAGAUACUCCACACUCUCCCUCACAAAACACAGCCUCCCCUUCCUGUGAGCUCCUCUCCCCUGCUCUGGCUAAUUAGGAAACAUUGUGGUUAGAGAUCUCAAUAGCACAAGUCUUCAGGCAUUAAUUAUUGCUUGAAGAGGGACCAUGAGUAGAGCAGGGAUAUGGGGAUGCAACUUUAACCCUGCCACUCCGCUCAAGCCCUGAUCUUCCAAGGUUCUCAUUUGGCUGAGGGAGCCUUCCCAAACAGAUAUACAAGGCUCUCUGCUGUAGCUGUUUGCAGAGGCCAGAGAAAUCACAGGGCUAUGGGGGCAGAGCUAAAUGUGCAUCUGAAUAGGUGUUUAUCCAAUCAGGUAUAGGGAACCGAGGGCCCUCCAGAUAUUGUUGGGCUCCAGCUCCUAUCAUUCCUGUCAGUGUGGCAAAUGGUCAGGGAUGAUGUAGAAGAAGAAGAAGAAGAGUUUGGAUUUGAUAUCCCGCCUUUCACUCCCUUUAAGGAGUCUCAAAGCGGCUAACAGUCUCCUUUCUCUUCCUCGCCCACAACAAACACUCUGUGAGGUGAGUGGGGCUGAGAGACUUCAAAGAAGUGUGACUAGCCCAAGGUCACCCAGCAGCUGCAUGUGGAGGAGUGGGGAAGCGAACCCGGUUCCCCAGAUUAUGAGACUACCGCUCUUAACCACUACACCACACUGGCUCUCAUGUGUGUUGCAGUCCAGCAAUAAAUGGGAAGCACCAGGUUCUAGAGCAAUUCUGCUCUAGAUGUUUUUCUGGCCUACCCAAAGGGUGCUUCUGUAGUUGUGAACAUUUGCCCUAUUAUUGUUAUUAUUAUUAUUAUUAUUAUUAUUAUUAUUAUUUUACUUAUUAAAUUUGUAUACAAUACUGCCCUUCUUACACAGAUCUCAGGGCGGUUCACAACAUAAAUGCUCUUAGUAAGUUGUUUGCUUGUUUACUUUUUAUUUAGGCUGAAGUAGAUUCAGUUGAUGCCCUAGAGAAAUAUCGUGGAAAAUGCGAACCUACGUUUCUCUUUUAUGCUGUAAGUUGGUACUUUUGAAACCUGAGAUGUCUUUUAAACCUGUUUGACUUUAAACUUGCUCCACUAUGCUCUGGUGUGUAUUAUGUAUUAAACACGUGUUUUUGCUCGUAUCAGUGAAUUUGAACUUGCUGGCAGCUGGAGAUAUAUGUUGUUGCUGGGAAUCGUAUUUUUAUAUUUCAGAUAUUACUCUAGUUUGUAUUUCCCCUCAUUCUCUAUGCAUACGGUAACCUAAAAUACUUUCCACAGUAGUUGUAAUUUACGUAGCUUAUAUAAAUGUAUAUGCUUCUGACCAUAAGAUUAAACAAGACAGAGAUUAGGAUGCUAUAAAUAUUAAGAAUGUAAUUAGUAGUGUCUGAAUAAAUUAGGCAUCUUAGGGUAAAGGGGGGAAAGCCUUCAAGAGAGAUUAGCACACUUAGCAAUUAUCCACUCCUCCAUUUGUUGGUGCAAAUAGCAACCAGGUUUUCUGCAGUUUGCCAUUCCUUCUGAUUCAUUUCUAAAAAGCGGGGCAAAGCAAAACUGCUCUGAUCCUUGCCUACAAUGCAGAAGUGUGGACGAGCCCGAAACAGGUUGGCCUUGUGGUACUGCUCUGCUAGGUGGCUGCUAUGCACAGGAAACUCUGUCAGAAGAACAUUGCUCAGAGUAUGUAGCUCCUGGGAAGUUGAGGGAACACAUAGGACCUUCAAAACAAUUUGUGGUGUGGCGUGUUCCCCGUUCAAGAUUACAACUACGCUUAUCACUCUGCAGUCGGACAGCAUUCCAUGGCCGAUUGUCACAAUUGGCCCACUCUGCAGGGUUCCCCCCAAAAUAGUUCUUGUACUUCUUCAGACGGUUUCUCGAGUCUCCUUCCUGUGUGGGAGUGUUGUUCCUUUGGUUAUGUAAGCAAUGCCACUCACAACCUAAGCACUGGAAGUGGAAGGGGAUGAUAUGCUUGCUUCCUGUGGAACGGGUCGUACUACAAAUUAAUAGGAUGAGUCAGCUAAAACAUUUGCCCCAAGUAGUGUGGAAGUCAAAUAACUUGACUUUAAUGGAUUGGGGGCAAUAAAUUAUCUCUGGGUAAAUUAUUUUAUGGUGCAAUAAUAUACAUGUCUACUCAGAAGUAAGUCCCACUGAUUUCAAUGAGGCUUACUUCUAGGUAAGUGGGUUUAGGAUUGCAGCCAAAAUCAAUCUUACGAGUUUGCCAACCAGUUAAGGAAUUAAAUUUGCAUACAUUUGCAUGUGCCUAAAAACAUUGUUUCUGAAGGAAGAAGCAUCUCCUCUUUGUUUUUUCGGCAUUGCAGAGAUAAGAUAGUGCUCUUUUAAGAUAGUGCUUGACAUCUUCAGUUUUUGCAAGUGUUUAUAUUAAAAAUAAUUAUUCUUUCUAAUCUGCCUCAUUACUUGGGACCACUUUCUAGCCAGUUAAAACAAGGUUCUGUUUAUUGAUCAAACCAAUGAAAUGGUUCAGCCUUGCAACCCUUGCUAUCUGUGAGGCAUCCCAUGCUUCAAUCCUCUCCUUCCUCUUGUUCUGUGAUUCUGGGUCUUCAACUGACAACAGGAGAGGUUGGAAAUCAGUCCAUGCUUAAAAUCUAAUAUAUUUUUUGCUGUCUUUGUAGCAGCAUAGCAUUUGUUGGCAGGAAAAGAAGACCCAGACUCCACCACUGGUAAUAUUAAUGCUUGUGUUGACGCAAAUUAUGUUUGUAAACUAUAUUGGCAAUUAUUUUAUAUUUUCUGUCAGGGGGGAGAGUUGGUAGCAGUUGUAAGAGGAGCAAAUGCACCAUUGCUACAGAAAACAAUUCAGGAGCAGCUAGAGGCAGAAAAGAAGGUCUUGGAUCAUGGAGCAGAUAGAGUGGUGGUAAUCUAACCUCUUCGAUUUCAUUUAAAUUUAAGUUGUGUCUUUGAUUAGAGUUGUGGGCAGGGGGGUUGUGGGCCAUCUAGUUUAAAGCCCUGCUUAAUGCAAGAAAUCCAGAGCAAAGCAAGUGGCUGUCUGCCCUCUGCUUGAACACCUCUAACAAGGGAGAGACCACCACUCCUCAAGGUUGACUAUUGUUGAACUGUUUGUACUGUUAAGAGGUUUCUCCUAAUGUUUGCUGCCUCUUAGCUGGUCCAUCAGCUGUUGUUAUCAGCUGAUGUUCCUAGGUCCUUGUUUCCAAAUUCUGUGUAGAAUUCAACAGAUAGUGAACCAUGACUGGGACGUAACUCUGCUUCCAUUAUUAUCUCAGUUUUAAUGUUGCCUAGUGUGUGUCUACUUGAAGGGAAAGAAACUGAAUAAAAAAGUGAGAGUAGUCAUGUCCUUCAAAUAGAUACCCAGUUUCCACUUGCUGGAGAAUGGAGAUUCUGAAAGGAGUGACCCUAUGGCCCAAGCCUGGCACUCAAUCCUCUUUCGUCAAGUGUGUGGCCUUUUGGUGUUGAGCAGGGGAAGGGCGAAGGUUUUGAUUCCCUGGCAUAGCUGUCGGCUUUCAGAUUUGAAAAUAAGGGAUCAGCAACCUCAAAAAUAAGGGAUCAGCAGCCUCACCUGUCCCGGGGAGCCUUGAAAAUAAGGGAUCAGCAGCCUCACCUGUCCCAGGGACAGUCUACGGGAUAGCUAACAAUCCAGGAUAGCAGCGGGAAGCUGCAGGAAACGGCACUGAAAUAAGGGAAUUUCCUGCAAAAAAAGGGAAGGUUGACAGCUGUGUUCCCCGGUGGGGUCCAGCACUGGGGCUGUAGUUCCUGAGAGUCCUGGCUCAAGGAUAUUGAGUUCAGAGUUCCAUUUCUUAUGGUCUUGACAUCUGAUGGGAAAGUGUUCUACAGGGACCCCUCCCCCUCUAAGUACAGUGGUACCUCGGGUUAAGAACUUAAUUCAUUCUGGAGGUCCGUUCUUAACCCGAAACUGUUCUUAACCUGAAGCACCACUUUAGCUAAUGGGGCCUCCUGCUGCCGCCGCGUGAUUUCUGUUCUCAUCCUGAAGCAAAGUUCUUAAACUGAGGUACUAUUUCUGGGUUAGCAGAGUCUGUAACCUGAAGCGUCUGUAACCCGAGGUACCACUGCAUGUGUCCAAGUCACUGCUGAUCAUCUGGGAUAGCUCUGUAUGCAUAAAUGUUAUGGGUUUCAGAGGCUGCAGGAAUCUCUGGCACCUGUGGAGAAUGUUAUGCAUCUCUUCCUCUGAGCAUCCUCUACUAACAGUGAGAGCAUGUGCAGCUUCUUCCCUCAGCUCCUUAGUAUUCAUGAAUUCAACAACACAUUCAUUAUCCAUCAGAUUGUAACCAUUUGUUAAUAAAAACCAGCUCCAGAGAUAAAAACCGUAAAAAAAUACUAAUAGAUCACAUAUUGGAAAAAUAGACAAAAAACACCACCAAUGAAACAAAAAAAACCCGUUACUAAAAAUAACUAUUGUCUAUUACAUAACACUAGUCUUCAUUAAAAUGUAGUUUUUCUAAAAUAGUCUGCAACCAACACCCUCGUAUGCUUUGAUACUAGAUCCAGGAUGAAGCGAUUCCUAAAGAAGUGAGUACUGCCAUUGAGGGAGAGGAAGCAGAAGAUGGGGAAGAAGAGGAGGAGGAAGAAGAAGCAGGUAUUUGGCUGUACUCAGUGGCAUAUAGGUAAUACCAUUUAUAUAGUUUAAAAAUUAUCCUUGCACAAGAAGGUAAGCAAUCUCAGAUUGGAUUUUUGCCACUGCUCUACUUUAGAUUUUGUCACUGAUAUUACUCACCCCAGAAGGGGCAUCUUCUGGGUUUAUGUAGAUAAAUGAGGCUUGUGUUGUGGUACAGCUGUGAAUGCUGAGUUGCAGCAAAGUCAAAGGGACUAGGUUCCAUCGCUUAGGAAAUGUCACUUUCUCUCCUCCCAGUAUGCUUGAGAAAACCAUUCUUAUGAUAUAUUUUGGGCUAUCAUAGUACUAGGCUUAGAUGGUUAAAAAAAAACCCCAGAAAAACUGAAAGAGUAUUUAAUUUUACGGUUUUAUACUGAUCCAAAAGGCCGAAGCAAUUUCACAGUGUAAAUAUCAGGCAGAUAUCCCUCCUUUGAUGUUCUUCCAGGGUCUGCUUUCUUCUUAUGCUAAUUUCCUCUCAUGCUUUCUUCCUAGAUUAAUUCACCAAUUGAUGCUUUCUGGAACUGGCUUUCUCACUAUCAUUUGGAGCUGAUGAGUAAUGUUACAGACAAGUUUUCUCUAAUAUAAGUGUAAAAAAUUAAAUGGCUACAUAUUGCCAUAAGCAGCAGCAAUGUGUUUCAGGUUGGAGUAGUCUAUGAAAAGAAUUACAGAUGUUUAGGAAAGCCUGGUUACAAAUCUGACUAUCAGGUUAAUACUAUGCAAGACAGCAUAUAUGAGGAUAUGGACAGUAGGAGAGCUUUGCUGGGCUUAUCUCAUUCAAUAUCAGAUCAAAGGCUUAUUUAACCCUGCAUCCUGUUCCCCAUAUGUGUCUAUGGAAAGCUCAAAAGCUGGGUAAGAGAACAAUAGCUUUCUGCUGCAGUUGUUCCCCUAGAAUGGGCACUCUGAGCUAUGAUGUCUCUGAUCCUACAGGCAAUAUGCAAACAUCAUAAUCUGUAGCCACUGAUAGAUUUAUCUUCCAUCAUGAUGAUCAUGUGUGUCACACAGGUUUGUCAUGUACCUAGUCUGGUGUCCUCAGGUGCGCUGGGCAAUACUAUCCUGUUGUCAUGUACAAUUGUCAGUCUAGUCAGCUUUUGUACAUGGUUACAUCAUCUUGUCCUGUGCCAGAGGCAGCAAAAUGUCUUGGGUCAGGCCUGUCUCUGAUUGAACCCUGGAUUAAAGGCUUUCCAAACAGAACAGAGCUGAUAUAACAGUUCUGCAAACCCUUUGGAUAUAUGUGAAUGAGCAAAACUGUAAACUUGCUGAAGAAACUGUAAACUUUCACAACAGAAAUGUUAUGAUUGAUCUUGCACAGUGUUGGUUUUGUCACUGGAAUCAAUUUUCUAAGCUUAGUAGGGACUGAAAGAUUUAUCAACAUGUGAAUUUACAGUGGCUGUGUUGAAUUCUGAUAUGGUGGCUCAUGCAGUACUUGCCGGAUUGGAAGUGUGACUUUUUGUGAGACUGGGAAACCACUAAACGCACAUUUGCUUCUUGUGGUUAUUACUAUCAGUGACUCAUGCAUUUUCUGGCAUUGCUUUUCUCUUUGAGAAUACUUGUACCUGAUUACUGUUUUAAUAAAGAAAUUCAAGUAAUUACAGAUUUGUUUUUCUUUUCCACAUCCACAAUUUAGGGCUCUGCUAUCUGGCCUUAACAGAAAGUCAUGAGAUGCUUCAUGGCAAAGAAACCAUGAGGAUUCCUUUGUGCAAAGGAGGUCCACCACUAGGCAGGGAGCGGAUGACGCUGUG